GGGGGGUCUGUAGUGCGUCGAACACUCGUUGGGACAAUUAAGCUCAUUGUUUGGGUUCUAUAAAAACAAAAAAACACACGUAAAAGAAACCUUUGUUACAAUAUACCGCUGCCAUUAAGUAACAAACGGCUGUCGAUAAGAAUAAACGUAAAAGAACUUUGUUUAUAAUAUCACUGACUUAAUUAAACGAAUCUACAAAGUAAUUUAUUGAUAAGAUUAUUAAUUAAUUAUUCUUCGAAUAUAUUUAAAGGUUUUUAUUUUUCAAUAAGAAAUAAAUAUGGAUCACUUAUUACGAGAGACAAAUGCGCCGGUUAUUCCCGAUGUGUUAUAUCAAGUAACAAGUGAUGAAAAUUUUAUUAAAAAAAUGAUACACCAUUUAAUAGAAAGAGAAGAAUUGCCAAGCAUAAAGCGUGAGUCCAAAAAUGAAGAAACCGCUAAAAGAAAAUUAGAAGAAGGGAAUAAGAUGAUAUCAAGUGCACCGCUAGAAAAAUUGAUCGAAAUUUAUAGUGAGGCGAUAGCCUACGCACUACCUGGCUCAGAAUUAUUAGCACGUGGAUUCGCUAAUCGCUCGGCAGCACUAACGAAUGGGGGUAUGUAUAAAGAUUCUUCGAAGGAUAUAGAGAGAGCAUUUGAAGUCGGGUAUCCAGAUAAUUUAAAGGCUAAAUUAUAUGCUCGCAAAGCAAAAAAUUUGUUAGCUUUGAAUUCAAUGAUGCGCUCUGAAGUUGAUGAUGCCAUUACCCAAGCAAACAUCUGGGUAGAAAAAAUGGACGAUGAUAACAAAAAAAGAGUAAAAAAAAGUUUAGAGCAACUGAAGACAGAUAAAUCUUUUAAAAAACCUGUUAAACUUUGGGAAAGUAGUGAAUUUUUCCCUAGAACACCAGAUGAUAAUCCGAAAAUAUUAAGAGCUUCAGGUUCUAUUGACAUAAAAAAUUCUAAAAUAUUUGGCCGACAUAUUGUAGCUACCAAAGAUAUUAAAGCAGGUGAAACUAUCAUGGUACAUAAAUUAUAUGCAUUUACACUGAAGUCUGAAUACAGAUAUCGAAUUUGCUGGAAUUGUUCGAGAUAUACGUGGAGUAGCGUUCCUUGUAAUCAGUGUUCAAACGUUAUUUACUGUAGUGAAGAGUGUCGUGAUACUGCUUGGCAAAACCACCACGACGUCGAAUGUCUAGCAAUUACGGCAAUUUUAGCUUUGUUUAAAUUUCAUGAGUAUUUAGAUCCAUGUUUAGUUAGCGUGAGAUUACUAGUUAAAGCUUUAAAAGAAUUUGGAACAGUCAACGCAUUGUACGAAAAAAUCAAAGAGAUUGAUUUAGUAGAUAACCCGAUUUUGAAAUCGUGCACUGGAAACGUAUACGACGAUACAAAAUAUGCAAGUGUUUAUUCUUUAUUUAGAUUAAAAUUAAACCCGAUCGCCGCUAUUGACAUUAGACAUAUAAUCGUCAAAAUACUAUUUCUGUUAAGUGAAACUACUGAAAUACUUGGGAAAAGAUUUGAUGAUCCAACUGAGUUAAUGAAUAACAAAUGGGCAAUUUUCAUUGGGAACUUGAUGUUUAGACACAUGGAAAUAAUUCAGACGAAUGCAAUUACCAUGUUAUUAAGUAAUCGUGAAGAAGAUAAUAUAAGCUGUGGCAUGUUUUUGGCACCACUUUUGGAUUUAUGUAGUCAUAGUUGUGACCAUAAUGUAUACACACUAUAUACCGGAGAUAUCAAUGCUGAGAUUGCAGUUCAGCCAAUCAAAAAAGGUCAACAAAUAUAUAUCACCUAUGGACCUCAUUAUCUAGAUUCCCCGGCUGUAGAAAGAAGACAGUUUAUACAAAUGAGUUUCAAAUUUUUGUGUCAAUGCACGGCUUGCGUUAAUGGCUGGGGUCCAGAUUAUCAACCUCUAUCAUGUGUGAAACAACUACCGAAACAAACCAGAGAUGAAUUCGUUAUGAUGUCAAAGAAGUGCAGCACCCAUUCUUUUAUAAUAAAUCAACUUGCGAAUCGUUCCGCUGAAGAUAUCACUUCAAGUAAAAUUAUUGAAAUAAUUACUGAUUUAUCAGCAAUGCUUAAUCUUUUGGGCGCCAACAGAUACCCUUGUGAAGAAAUGGUAGCAGCAAAAGAUGCAUUUAUCGAUUUAAUCGAUUGCAUUAGGAGACAUGUAUGAUUAAAAAUCUGAAAUAUUAGUUUGAGAAUCAGUUAAUUUGUUAACCAAAAAAUAUCAAAUAUUUGAAAUCUCAAAACGACUAAUUCAUACAUUUUUAUCACUACAAAUACAUUUUUAGAAGCACUGAGAAUUAUUUUUUUAAUAAAUAUUUAUAUAUUUCAUAUAUAAAAUGUAUGAAGUAUAAGUUAUUAAUUUAAAUUACUUCAUCAACAAAAUAAAAAAAAUAAAGUGUAUGAUGACGAAAGCUUUUAAAAUUUAUCAAAAAUUUUCUUUC